CUAGGUCACAUCAUAGAUACAAUGGCUGUUGCAGGAGGCAUCGGGAAAGUUGCUUUGAUCACUGGAUCCACAUCCUGUGACGGUAUUGGUUAUGCGAUUGCCAAGUCUCUGGCAAGGACUGGAUACGAUAUUAUUCUGCAAGGGAGGCGAGCAGAGUCGGAAAUAGAACCGCUCAGGGAACAGUUGCAAAGAGAGUUCAAGGUCAAAUGUCAUUAUCUAACUGCUGAUUUGCUUCAGCGAUCUGAAAUUGAGAAUCUGUGUAAAAAGAAAAUUGAGGCUUUAUAUCCAGAUGGGGUUGAUGUUCUCGUUAACAACGCAGGCUGCAAUACACAUGCUUCACUAGAGAAUUAUCCAGUUGAUAAGUGGGAUACCAUAAUUCAACUCAAUCUAACGGCGCCUUUUGAUUUAGUUCGGUUGAUGGUGGGUGCAAUGAAAAAGAAAGGGUGGGGUCGUAUUAUAAAUAUUUCUUCAAUAUACAGUAAGACAGUGAUGAAGACCUGUGUAGCGUAUAACUGUUCAAAACAUGGUCUUGAUGGUUUGACAAAGACAGUUGCAAAUGAUUGUUUUGGUACUGGUGUAACCUGCAACUCCAUAUGUCCUGCCAUGGUUGACACAUCUAUGAGUAAUAAGGGAUUGCAAACAAGAGCUAAAUUAAAUGGAAUGUCUUUCGAGGAAACUCGGGCAAAGUUUUUAAAAGCAAUAAAUCCCUCUGGUCAGUAUGUCACUGUUGAACAGAUUGCAGAACUUGCAGCUUUUCUCUGCACACCAGCAGCAGACCAAAUGACUGGUGCAAGUAUACCGGUAGAUGCUGGCCAUUGGGCUAAUUGA